UUAAAUUGCUAUGCAACAGAUAAACAGAUAUGGCUAUAUAUACAGCAGAAAUCGGCGUCGUGGGUAUCUUCUGUAGUUCUCACCUUGACACAUCAAGUCUUUUGUGAGUGUACGGUUUCUUAGCUUUUUUACAAGCAACCAACAAGACACCAAUCAUGCGUGAAUGUAUCUCUAUCCACGUCGGACAGGCCGGAGUCCAGAUCGGUAAUGCCUGCUGGGAGUUGUACUGUCUCGAGCACGGUAUCCAGCCUGAUGGUCAGAUGCCAAGUGACAAGACCAUUGGAGGUGGUGAUGAUUCUUUCAACACCUUCUUCAGUGAGACCGGAGCUGGCAAGCACGUGCCAAGAGCCGUCUUCGUCGACUUGGAGCCAACCGUAGUCGAUGAGGUCCGAACUGGUACAUACCGCCAGUUGUUCCACCCCGAGCAACUCAUCACCGGAAAGGAAGAUGCCGCCAACAACUACGCCCGUGGUCACUACACCAUUGGUAAGGAAAUCGUCGACCUUGUCCUCGACAGAAUCCGUAAGUUGGCUGACCAGUGUACCGGUCUCCAGGGAUUCCUCAUCUUCCACUCCUUCGGUGGCGGUACCGGAUCCGGAUUCACCUCCCUCCUCAUGGAACGUCUCUCCGUCGACUACGGAAAGAAAUCCAAGCUGGAAUUCGCCAUCUACCCAGCUCCACAGGUCGCAACCGCCGUCGUUGAGCCAUACAACUCCAUCCUUACCACCCACACCACCCUUGAGCACUCCGACUGCGCCUUCAUGGUCGACAACGAGGCUAUCUACGAUAUCUGCAGACGUAACUUGGACAUCGAAAGACCAACAUACACCAACUUGAACAGAUUGAUCGGUCAGAUUGUCUCCUCCAUCACUGCCUCCCUCCGAUUCGAUGGUGCCCUAAACGUCGACUUGACUGAGUUCCAGACCAACUUGGUACCAUACCCACGUAUCCAUUUCCCUCUCGCCACCUACGCCCCAGUCAUCUCCGCCGAGAAGGCCUACCACGAGCAGCUCUCCGUUGCCGAGAUCACCAACGCUUGCUUUGAGCCAGCCAACCAGAUGGUGAAAUGUGACCCACGUCACGGCAAGUACAUGGCCUGCUGCAUGUUGUACCGUGGUGAUGUUGUCCCCAAGGAUGUCAACGCCGCCAUUGCAACAAUCAAGACCAAGAGAACCAUCCAGUUCGUCGACUGGUGUCCAACUGGUUUCAAGGUCGGUAUCAACUACCAGCCACCAACUGUUGUACCAGGUGGUGAUCUCGCCAAGGUACAGCGUGCCGUGUGCAUGUUGAGCAACACCACUGCCAUCGCCGAGGCCUGGGCUCGUCUUGAUCACAAGUUCGACUUGAUGUACGCCAAGAGAGCUUUCGUCCACUGGUACGUCGGAGAGGGUAUGGAAGAGGGAGAAUUCUCAGAGGCCCGUGAAGAUUUGGCUGCCCUCGAGAAGGAUUAUGAAGAGGUCGGAGUCGACUCCGUCGAGGGUGAGGGAGAGGAAGAAGGCGAGGAAUAUUAAACGAUUAAAAAAAAUAAUGACAUUUUAAGUACUGUAUUGAAAGAAAUCAAAAGUAAACAGAAGAUCGUUUAUGAAACCAUAAAUUCAGUUCUUAAUUUGAUACAAAAAGUGAUACCAUCUUAACUGUUUAAAGUUUUAAAACAGAAAUUUUAGAUCAUUUUUUUAUCGUUGAUAUGAAGCUAUUGUGUAAGAUCAGAAAAGGGUUAAAAAUGUCUUGAAAAUAAAAAUUAUAAAACCGA